AUGGGGGAAGAGGAAGGACUGCAUCAGACACAAUUAUUGGUAAGUACGGUAACUUGUGGAUUAAAGUUUGUCUGGUAAGCAUUACUGGACUUAGUAAGUGCUCUCAAGUCACAAGGUGCAGGGACUCAAGGAAAUGGGAAUUUAAUGGGUUAAAUAGUUACUUGUGAUAAUCUCUGCCACCAUAUAUGUCUUGACUUUAGUAGUCUUGUAUUUGAAGUAGCCCUGAAUUCAGGUUGGUCAUAAUGCACUCAGCUCUGACUUGCCCUGGUUUUUCUCUUCUAUAUAAUCUGCAUGGAAGGAAAUCUUCUUUUUCUGUUUCACUGGAAAAGGAAGAGAAGAGAGUAUGGUAGGGGUGAAACUAGAAGUCUCCUGUAAUGGUAGAAUUGGAGGGUGCAUAUUGCUAAACAAAAUCACAAUAGUCGCUGGAUCCAUGUGGUGGCAGAAAUCUGUCCAUAUCUUCCUCAUUACAACCAACAGAUAUGUGGGAUGAGUUGAUUUUGAGAAAAAGGUAGUGAUUAUCUUUGGCUCUAUGAUCUCUCAUCUUGCUUGAAUCUCAGGCUUGCCAGUUCCCAUUUCCCCUAUGGUUUUGCAGUUGCCCUUGAACUGGGCAAACUGAUUUGUCCAAAUUAUUUUGCCUUUUUCGGAUAUACCCUCAAACCCUGGUUUGAUUAGUUCAUGAAGUCUGAUUGAAUUGAGCAUGUGGGCCUGAGAAUUGGGAAUGAACAGGCUCUGGGCCACCAACUUUGUAUUUUGGUGCACUCAUCUGGAACACACUUAACUAGCCUUCCUUUGGAUGUAUUCCCUCACCUCCAGUGUCUGGGGGACAUGUCUACUCAGCUAUUGUGAGAAUAGUUUUGUUGUGGCACUGUGAUGAGCAUUCCCUUCCAUGGUGGAUUUCUGCCAGAACAACCACCAUAAGACACAACUUCAAGUCACCAGAGACAAGACCAAGAGGGACGCUGCUUUAUUUGUAGCAGCAUAUUGAUAUGUAGAGUUGGCAGGAGGAGUUUGAAAGAGAAGAAGAGAAAAUCAUUGUUUAUUAGAAUCAUAGAAUGUAGAGUUGGAAGGGACCACAAGGGUCAUCUAGUCCAAUGUCCUGCAAUUCAGGAUUAUUUUGCCCGAUGUGAGUCUUGAACCCACAAGCCUGCGAUUAAGAGUCUCAUGCUCUACCGACCGAGAUGUUUGUAGUUCCUAAGUGGGUCAGAGAGCUGCUUGUUUUCUUGCAGUCUUGCUUCUUGUUAAACUAGCAGGAAGACGAAAGCAUUCGCACAAGUAUUUGUUUCCUACGGAAGGGGCUACAGCUCAGUAAUGCUUUGCAUGCAGAAAGUCCCAACAUCUCCAGCUGUGGCAGAGAGAGAUUCGUGUCUGAAAACCUAGAGACUCACUACCAAUCAGUGUACAGAAUGCUGAGCUAUACCAAUGGUCUGUCCAUUUCAUAUGUUUAAAACCUUGCUUGUGUUGAAUCACAACGCAAUGGUGCUAAAUGUGAUUGAGACUCAUCUUCCUAGCAAAUAUGCCUGACACAUUUAAGAACCUCCUUUUUCCGCAUUGCAAACAGCAACAGGAGCUUUUCGACACCUCAGUCACGUAAUCCAAGAUUAUCUGGAUGAGGGUUAAUAAGAUGAAGCUUAGUCUAGGCUAUGGAGAUUUUGAUGAUAAGCAGCACAGAAAUCAAGAAAUAGGUAGGCUGCCACUUCUAGGAAGAGUCAUGCUCCCCCUGAAAAAGCAGAUUGGAAACUUGAGGGUGCUUAUAGACUUGGUUCUGCAUCUUGUUGCUGAAAUGGCACCACCAGUUUUGGUUGGUCUGCCAACUGCAGACUUCCUUUAAAAAUAAUUGUCUGACGGCUAGACUAUAGCCAUUGACCUAUGCCUGGCUUGGAGUCCAGGAUCCCUUAGGGAGCACUUGAAUCUCCCCACCCCCCACCCCCAUGGAUGUGACAAACUGGAUUUAGCUCUGCUCCUUAUGGCCAUCUUCCUUUCUCAACAGUAGUAUCUGUGCUCUGUAGCACUUUCCAUAGGCAGACUCACAGGGCUCCUAUGGUCUUUAGGAAAUCUUUUGAAAACCCCUCUCAUUCUGAAUUGUAAAUAUUGUGAUGUUGUAUGUUGAUUCUUUCCAUACCAAGAAAAAGGAAUAUAGAAUCAGCUUGUAUUAGCUACCCUCUCAUGCAGAGAUGCUCUUCUCUGGUGCCAGGAUGUCUGAACGUACCUUGUAGCUAAAUAAUUCAGAACAUUUAUUUACUGGUCCCAGGUUAAUUGUCCUGGAAUAGAGUCGCUGUGCACAAGCUAUCUCAUGAAGACAGUACCUAUUCUGUAUUGAUCGAAUGUUAGGUGUGUGCGAAUCACAUUUGAAAAUGAUUUUAACUCAAGUUUUAUUUAAUAAGAGGAACCUGCAGAUUAUUCACUUGUCAAAAGCUGGUUUCACCUGGGGUGCCAUUGAUAUUACUUUGUGUCAAAUGCUGAGUUUAAUUUCCAGGGUACAGACUAAAGGAAUGCCUUAUUAAUCUCAGUUUUGUAAUAAAGCUGUUUGAUUUUAAAUAUAAAACCUUAGAAGAGAAGCUCUGGAUUUGUUAUCUAAUAGCAUCUUGCUCUGUUUUCAACAGGACACAAUGUUUGUACGUGGACUGAAGAGGAAAUGUAUUGAUGGAGAGGAAGAUAUUGAAGGAACUUUAGCUGGUUUUAAAGCCAUUCCUUCAUAUAACCUGCAGCGCCAGUCACUACUAGACAUGUCUUUGGUUAAACUUCAGCUCUGCCACAUGCUUGUUGAACCUAAUCUGUAUCGUUCAGUACUUAUAGCCAAUACAGUACGGCAGAUUCAAGAGGAAAUGACCCAAGACGGAACUUGGCAGAUGAUAAAUGCACAGAGUACAGGACCAACCUCUCUUGAUCGGCUGGUUUCAACAGAUAUUCUCUGUCGGUCUUCGAAGGAGCAAGCUGAAGAAAAGCUUGUUCAAGGUUAUAGUGGCUUCUCAAAAGACUUUGAAGACGCACAGUCAGAAGAGAGUUCAGAAAUCUUAAGACCUGCUCCACUACAAGCUCCCAGAAACCUGCAGAGUAAUGUGUGGGACAUGGAGAGCCCUCCAGAAAAUAGAGGAAACUUCCACAAGUCAUUGGAUCAAAUAUUUGAAACCUUAGAAACAAAAACUCCUGACUCGGUUGAAGAUCUCUUUUCAGAAGUCGACAGUUCCUAUUACAAUCUAGACACAGUAUUAACGGGAAUGAUGGGCAGUACAAAAAUGGGACACUGUGAUGUACUUGAAACUUUUCCUCAAGCAGCCACAAAUUCUAACUCUAACUGUAAAUCUGACCUUAAUGAGCUUGAUCAUUUUGUGGAGAUUCUUGUUGAAUCUUGA